AUGUCUGGCAGGGACCCUGAGGACUUUGGAGCAGAAAUCCUCUCAGAAAAGUCUCGGAUGAUCCCUGGGCUCCCCCUGUAUGACAUGGAUGACCAGCUCCUUCCCAGGGAGCCCCGCAGCCCCUGGUGCUGCCUGGCGUGGACCCUGGUGAUAGGAACCAUGAACUCCCUGGUCUUCCUCCUUAAUUUGCUCCUGAUGUUUGUUAUUUUCACCAUUGUGCUGCUUCCUACCAUUGUGGUGGUUUACUUUGGCUUCCAGUGCCACUCCCAGGUGCUGCACUCCUCUGCCCGCUACUGCAAGAGCAUUUUGGAUGACAACAGCUCCUCUGCCCUCAUCAUCCUGGGCUUUGUCAUCAUGUCCCCGCUGCUGGUGGUGGCCAUGGCCAUUUACUGCAGCCUGGCACGGCGCCUGCAGCUCCUCGUGUGCUUCCAGCCCUACAGCCUGGCCCUCUACAAGGGGGGCCGCUGGUGCUGUGCCAGGGGCCGCAACACCCAGCUCAAGGCCUGGGUGUGA